AUGUGGUGUUACCGGCGGAUGACAUGUGGAAGAUAUCAACAUCUUGUAUCGCCAUCGAAAGAGCAAGGAGACCAGCAGAUCGCCUUGUUCAGAUUAGUUUGUCGAAUUCAAGCUGGAAGAGGCCACCUGGCCGCUGUAGCAUCGUCUGGCGUUAGUAAAGGUAAAGAAUCUGGAGAGACAGGUGACACAAAGAAGUCAGAAGAGAAAGAACGAGAAAAAGAAGCAAAUAAGAACAGUAAAGGUAGCAACGAUAAAGUCGAAGAAGCCAGUAUACUCGCAGUAUUAAGACGAACCCAGCAUACCAUGUCAAAGGAGACUUCGAGGGGAUCAGAUGAGGAGAAAGUUAAGAAGAAUGAAAAACAAGUUAAGGAAGGCCAUGCAAAAGAGAAGACGAAAAAGUCAGAAGAGGAAAGCCAACCAAGGUGGAGGAGGAGUAGAGAAGCGAAGACGCAGUGCCCAGAAAAGUCGUUGACUGAAGAACUGAAUUCAGCGUUAAGAUCAGAAGCUGAACAUGAAAAAGAAAAAGAAUUGAAGAAGAAGGCUGAAAAGAAAAGUACAGAAACCAUAGGGAGAGCGCCAAACCCAGAAAAAUCCCUUAUGGAGGAAAUGGAAGCGGCGUUAGCUUCGGAACCGUCAUUACCAACUGGAAAAGGAAAGCGGGAAAAGCAAAAUCUCAUACCGGCUGAUGUAUCUCUGAAAGUCUAUACUCCGCCGCUCCCACUGGAUCCAACGUUCCAUUCUGAAGAAUCUGAUGAUAGGGAAAGAAACAAAAAUACUCUUUGA